CGGUUGUUUGGUGUGUACUUUCAGAACAGAAACAUCUGACUAUCGUGAGCUUUACUUCAACAUAAACUAUCCCUCUGCAACUUCUUUAUUUUGGUAGACUCGACUUCACACCAGAAUGGAUCAUCAUGACUGGCAGAGAGGAAGGAGCAGAGGUCACCGUCACUAUGAGGAUGAUGAUGAUUCCCAGCAGCUUUCCAUCGGUGUUCCAGUCUCUCAAAGACGCAAAAGGCGCCGACACCACUCCCACGCCAGUGACACUGACCGCAGUGCGCGACACAUGCACUACGACCACCACACGCAUCGUGAACCCACUCAUCCAGGGUAUUACCACGACAGAGAGGAGGAGGAGCACUAUGAAGACUACGAGGGCAGUACGGAGCGUCACGGGCAUACUGACCCCUCAGUGUCUCCUGCAGCAGAGAGGCUGCGCAACAUACUGGGUGAAGAUGACAGCACCCCGACGCCCACCAUUUUCACUGAGAUGGACACGCUCCAGCAAGACGGCGGUGAAUUAGAGUGGAAAGAGUCUGCGAGGUGGGUGAAGUUUGAGGAGAAGGUGGAGGAGGGAGGAGAAAGAUGGAGCAAGCCUCAUGUUUCCACACUGACACUCCACAGCCUGUUUGAGCUCAGGACGUGUCUGCAGACGGGGAGCAUUCUGCUCGACCUGGAAGGCUACUCACUGCCACAGAUAGUGGAUGAGAUAGUGGAGCGGCAGAUCACUGAUGGCCUCAUUCCUCCUGACCUGAAGGAAAAGAUCAGUUUCGUGCUCCUGAGGAAACAUCGUCACCAGACCAAGAAACCCAUCCAUCGUUCACUGGCAGACAUCGGGAAGUCCUCCAACUCUACUACCAUUCGUAGUCCUCAGGUUAAUCUGAGUCGUAGCACUAGUUCAGCCUCUGGGAUCCAUCGCUCCACAGAAGACCUACGCUCUCGGCAGGCAAGCAGCCUUGGCCGCCUUUAUAACGCCCAGAGUCGAAGCAUGAACGAUAUUUCUGAUACACCAAGCACAGAUCAGAUGAAGAACAAGUUCAUGAAGAAGAUUCCUCGUGAUGCUGAAGCAUCCAAUGUCCUGAUAGGCGAGGUGGAUUUUCUCGACAAGCCCUUUGUCUCCUUUGUACGUUUGGCUCAAGCCACAACACUGGGAGGCCUCACUGAAGUCCCCGUACCAACCAGGUUUCUCUUCAUCCUCCUGGGUCCUCCUGGUAAGACCAAGUCCUACAAUGAGAUUGGGAGGGCUAUUGCUACGCUCAUGGUGGACGAACUGUUCAGUGACGUUGCUUACAAAGCACGCGACCGCGACGACUUGAUUGCGGGCGUUGAUGAGUUUCUGGAUGAGGUGAUCGUCCUCCCUCCAGGAGAAUGGGACCCAAAAAUACGCAUUGAACCUCCAAAGAAGGUCCCGUCGGCUGAAAUGAGGCAUUCCGUGCUGAACCUGAAUGAGCUGGGUCAGAUGAACGGCUCAGCCGGAGGAGCAGCUGGAGGUGAAGACGAAGCGUUUCCUUUGCCACACGAGCUCGGAGAAGAGUUGAAAUUUACUGGGAGGUUUGGUGGAGGAUUAUGGCUAGACAUUAAAAGGAAGAUCCCAUGGUAUUGCAGUGAUAUCUACGAUGGCUUCCAUAUUCAGUCCAUCUCCACUGUGCUCUUCAUCUACCUGGGCUGUAUCACAAAUGCCAUCACCUUUGGAGGACUGCUAGGAGAUGCUACUGACAAUUACCAGGGUGUGAUGGAGAGUUUCCUUGGUACUGCUUUAGCAGGGACUGUCUUUUGUUUGUUUGGUGGACAACCUCUCAUCAUCCUCAGCUCCACUGGACCUAUUCUCAUCUUUGAAAAACUGCUUUAUGAAUUCAGCAAGAGUAAUGGUAUUGACUACAUGGAGCUGCGCCUGUGGAUUGGCCUGCACUCGUGUCUGCAGUGUUUCGUGCUUGUCCUCUCCGACGCCAGCUACAUCAUCAAGUACAUGACUCGCUUCACAGAGGAGGGUUUCUCCAGCCUCAUCUCCUUCAUCUUCAUCUCUGACGCCAUUAAGAAGAUGGUCGGAGCUUUUAAGUACUACCCCAUUAACCGUGGUUUUAAGCCUGACUAUGUAACAGCCUACAAAUGUGAAUGCCUCCCUCCAGACCAGGCACCUGCACUGGGCUUCAAUACUUCAGCUCCUCUUGGAGACGACAACAUGACACUGCUGUUCAACUUGACUGACCUGGACUGGAGUCAGAUGAGUAAGAAGGAUUGCGUGAAGUACGGUGGCUCUCUGGUGGGGAACUCCUGUAAGUAUGUUCCUGACCUGGCCCUCAUGUCCUUCAUCCUCUUCUUCGGCACUUACUCCAUGACCGUCUCUUUGAAGAAAUUCAAGUUCAGCCGCUACUUCCCGACAAAGCUGCGCUCCCUGAUCAGUGAUUUUGCCAUCAUCAUCUCCAUCCUGCUCUUCUGUGGGCUGGACUGUCUGCUGGAGCUGAACACCCCCAAACUGCACGUGCCCACUGAGAUCAAGCUGAGGAAGCUGAUCAGUGAUUUUGCCAUCUUCAUGUCAAUCAUGUCCUUUGUGGGUCUGGAUAUGUUGAUCGGGUUAGACACGCCCAAACUAAUCGUUCCAACUGAGUUCAAGCCCACACGUCCUGAGCGUGGCUGGCUGGUGAUGCCGUUUGGUAAGAACCCCUGGUGGUGGUACCUGGCCAGCUCUGUCCCCGCCCUCCUCGUCACCAUCCUCAUCUUCAUGGACCAGCAGAUCAGCGCCGUCAUCGUCAACCGCAAGGAAAACAAACUGAAGAAAGGUUGUGGCUACCACCUGGACUUGUUCUGGGUCGGCGUGCUCAUGGCCGCCUGCUCCUUCAUGGGUCUGCCAUGGUACGUAGCAGCUACAGUCAUCUCCAUCGCCCACAUUGACUCCCUGAAGAUGGAGAGCGAAAGCAGCGCCCCCGGAGAGCAGCCGCAGUUCCUGGGAGUCAGGGAGCAGAGAUUGACGGGCAUCCUGGUGUUUGUUCUGACUGGACUUUCCGUCUUUCUUGCUCCAGUUCUCCAGUACAUCCCCAUGCCAGUCCUGUAUGGAGUCUUCCUCUACAUGGGAGUGGCUUCACUGAGUGGCAUCCAGUUCUGGGAGCGUAUCAAACUGUACCUCAUGCCGGCCAAACACCAACCAGACUUCUCCUUCCUGCGCCACGUCCCUCUGAGACGCGUCCAUCUUUUCACCCUCGUCCAGAUCGUGUGUCUGGCUGUUUUGUGGAUCCUCAAGUCCACAUUCCUGGCUAUCAUCUUCCCGGUCAUGAUUCUGGGUCUGAUGGUCGUACGUAAGCUGCUGGAUCUGAUGUUCUCGCAGCACGACCUGGCCUGGCUGGACGACAUCCUGCCCGACAAAGACAAGAAGAAGAAGGAGGACGAGAAGAAGAGUAAGAAAGAGAAGAAGGCAGCAGAACCAGAGAGUGACGAGGAGCCCAACAGCUCUGUUCCCUCACCAGUGAAGAUUCCCAUGGAGGCCAUAGAGCCCCAUAAAGAGUCUGACCCAAACCAUGUCCAACCCCAACCUGACCCCAAAGCAGACUUGUGAUAGAGGCGAACCCCUACUCGACAGUCACAUCCGAUCAAAAUGAACUAGACCACAGUGUAACCUGGCCGGUUCCCACCACUGUUCCUCAGCAUCACCCUGCACCUGAAGAUCUCCUGCCCCCCAUCGCCUGUCCACUCCCACACGGGCCUCACCACCGACGCCAGCAGCAGCGCCGCUGUGUCACAGCUGCCCCGCCCACCCGUGCCUCAGAUCAGCGUCCAGGUGGAGUCAGACAGUGACGUGUCUGGCCUCGACUCCACACAACAGGACAGGCGUUACCUUUCGAAUGACCCAGCAGACUUUUACAGACGCCCGCAUGCUCACUUUGAAGACUCCUGUGCGGAGACCAUUCUGUAAAUGAGACAGACACACAGACAGAAGGUGCCGCGUAUCAUCUCCAUCUCUGUGUCUGGUUUUUUAAAAACAAUAAUUAACUGCUCUUUCGCAUUUCAUGUUUUAUCAGAUGUGUCUGUCAGUGUAUUGCACAGCAACCUAGAUUUUCACAUACCAUCUUAUCCCAUAGAGACACAAAUGUGUUAAUUAUAAACGCAUCAAUCCACUGUGUUAGACAUCAGUAUUGCUGAUUGUUUUUCCCCAUGUACAUUCAAGAGUGAUAGAAAUGCUUUUUUUAAGUUGAGCCCUGAAAAUGUAAUUAAACCAAAUUUA